CGUCCCUCUCCGCGCGCAACAAUGCCGUUCGGCCUUCACCGCGCGCCGCCACCCAGCUAUCUAUAGCCUCACACUAUUCCCGCACGGGGACUGCGAGGAAGGAACACAAACCGUGCUGCAGACCCGUCUUCGUGUCGCCGUGGAGACCUGGACGAUCUCGCCGUGGGUGCUGCCACGGGAAGCGACGUGGUAGAAGAGGUCUGCCUAUCACCUGUGGAAAGGCCCCUAAGCUGCAGCAUGCUAACGCUAACCCCAGAAUUGGCAACAAUGGCAAGUGGUGUCAGCUGCGUAGCGGAGCGGCUCGAGCCGUAACGGGAAUCCUGAUGAAGGAUGACGCUGGAGUUUCGAUGGAGCCUGGCAGCUGCUCUGGCUCAGAGAGCGAGAGCGACGGGUCGCCGUGUCCCCUGGUGGACACACCAAAGCAAGAGGCAGCGCCAGUGUGUGUGAGGGUGCGGGUGGACGGGAGUGUGUUCCCUGCAGAGCGCCCUCUCCUGGCAGGGGAGAGUGAGUACUUCCGUGCCCUGUUCCAGUCGGGCAUGCGCGAGAGCCAGCAGGAGGAGAUCAGGCUGCAGGGUCUUAGUGCCCGCGGGUUCCUCAUCACUCUGAGCGUGCUGCAGGGGGAGCGGCCCCUGCUGAGCGCGGACGAGAUCGUCGAGGUCAUCGAGUGCGCCGCCUUCCUCCAGGUCCAGACGCUCGCCAAGCAUCUCGCAAACAUCAUCGACUCGGACAACUGCUUGUUGAUGUAUCACACGUCGGCCGUCUACGGGCUGCUGGACCUCUUCAAAAGCGCUGCGCUGUUUAUCCGUGACAUAUACGCUGACCUGAAGGAUGACCUAAGAUGUCUGCCUCAGGAGAUGAUCAGCUAUGUGGAGUCCCUCAUCCCCAACUCGUACGUGAUGGUGGGCACUCACUCGCCCUCCACGAAGCUUCUGCGCGACUCUUGUCGCACCGUGUGCUACCUGGACGAGGAAGAGGACGACUGGAGGGUGCUCACCAGCCUGCCCCUGGACGCCAGCACCACCAUGGCCAGCGUGGCCGUUCUCGACAACAAGCUGUACAUUGUCGGCGGGGUGGCCGACGUCAGCAAGAACGUGGUGGACUCCGGGUUCUGCUACGACCCGGAGGCGGACUCCUGGAGCGUGUUCCCGAGCCCCGCACAGCUCCGCUACAACGCUUCUCUGCUGGGCCACGAGGGGGCGCUGUACGCCCUGGGCGGAGAGUUCCAACGGAAGCCCAUGGCCUCAGUGGAGGCGUUCCGGCCCGCCAAGCACACCUGGUCACCUGCGGCUAGCCUGCCGCGGACCGCCACCAACGUGCCGUGCACCAAAGCCAUGAACCGGAUGUUCAUCUGCCUGUGGAGGCCAAAGGACGCCACCGAGAUCUACGAGUAUGUGGUCGAACGUGACCAGUGGGAGUUAGUCACUACUCUUGUUCGACCGCAGAGUUACGGUCACUAUAUGGUGUCCCACAGGGACAAUCUCUACGUCAUGAGGAACGGCCCGGACGACGACUUCUUGCGAUGCAUGAUGGACUGCUACAACCUGACGACAGGAGAGUGGACCGCCAUCCCAGGGCAGUACGAGGCGCUCUUCACGGCCGCAGUACGAGGAGACUCUGUGUUCACCCUAAACCGCCAGGUGACGGAGGAGUACGCCAUCAGAGAUCUCCGCUGGAAGAGCAGGAAAACGAGGAAGGGCUUCCCCCGCAUCGGGACCAUGUGGACCUUUCUCUUGCGGCUGCCCAGGAGGAAGAGAGAACCCCUGGAGAAGACUGUCCCCACCAGCCGCCAGGAGCUGGGUCGCCAUGCUGUCUGGCCCCCCAACGCCCACUCCUCGUGCUUGGAUUAAUGUCUGGGAAGAGUUCUGUCACGAACACAUGAUUAGAAUGUCGCUAAAGGAGGGUUCCUUCUGUUGAUGUAAUAACUAACUCAAUUCAUUCGUUUUAAAUGAUGGUCAGUAUGAAUUCUAGAUCUGGACAGGAGAGUUCUAAAAUGACCCUCGUUAAUGGGCAUUAAAGGUGCUCUAAGCGA